AUGUCACGUAGAAACCAGCUAACGCUGCAUGAUGUGUGGAACUGUCAACCGGUCACCAGCGUAGAGAAUGGAGCGGAAAAUGCAUCGGACGAUUUCGAUGAUGCAGCUGAUGAGCUAUUGUCUUUCGCGCUUAGUGAAACUCUGCGCAAUGUCGGGAGUGAAAUCCGCUCUGUCGACAUGUCAAAAGUCGAUUCCGUCGCCGGGUUUGACAUGGAAGCCGGAAAGACUUGGAUUUAUCCGUCAAAUAUGCCAUACCGCGAAUACCAAUAUAAAAUUUCUCGUCAAGCCCUUUUCUACAAUACUCUGGUCACACUUCCUACCGGCCUCGGCAAAACUUUCAUCGCUGCGGUGGUCAUGUACAACUUCUACCGGUGGUAUCCCAAUGGCAAAGUCAUAUUCAUGGCUCCAACGAAGCCAUUGGUCGCUCAACAGGUCGAAGCAUGUUUUAGUAUUAUGGGCAUUCCGCAGGAGGAUGUUGCGGAGAUGACCGGGAGUAAGCUGCCGGCUAAACGAAGGGACGAGUGGUCAAUGAAACGGAUUUUUUUCCUGACUCCGCAGGUGAUGGCUAAUGAUUUAUCCCGUUCUGCAUGUCCUGCUAAACAGAUCAAGUGCGUGGUAGUGGACGAAGCCCACAGGGCAACCGGCAACCACUCCUAUUGUCAGGUCAUACGUGAUCUUCUUAAGUAUACUAAGCAGUUCCGUGUCCUGGCCCUCAGUGCUACUCCGGGACCAGACAUUCAGACGGUGCAACAGGUGAUUGCAAACUUGCUAAUCCACCAUCUUGAAAUCCGGGUUGAAGAUUCGCCCGACAUCCGGCCGUACACUUUUGAACGUCAGAUAGAGAAGAUCGUAGUUCCAAUGCCACCGGAAACCAGCCGAAUUGUUGAAGAAUAUGUUGAGGUUUCAUUUACCCAAUGUUUUUUGUUUUUCAGCUUUUCUUUUCAGGUACUGAACGUUUAUAUCAACAGCUUGACGUCGGAAAAAAUUCUUUAUGCUCGAAAUAUAAAACACUAUUCAAAGUGUUUUAUUCUACAACAGCGGGAAAAAUUUCGUCAAAGCGUUGAUACUACUAACGUCACACGUGCGUAUGUAGGGAACAUAGAACGUCAGUUUGCGCUGUUGCUCAGCUUGUACCAUGGAUAUGAGCUGAUGACGAUGCACGGCUUGAAGUCUUUAUAUCAUUUUUUGCUGGGUAACACUUUCGUUUCGUUUUUUGAUGUUGUUUUAUAUUUUAACCAUCGUUGUGCUGCAUAUUUAGACCGGAUAUUUGGCGAACAGGGUAAUACAGGCAUUCGCCGUGAACUCUUACAGAACUCCAACUUUUGUACCGUGUACUCGUAUCUACGUGACAACUUUGAACGGCCAAUUGACGACGAUUUUAUGCAGUGCAAGAAUUUCGAUGAAAAGCUCAAUUUUGCUAAAGAAUGCGCAGGCAAAAGUCACCCGAAGUUGGUGAAGCUAAUUGAAACACUUGUGGAUCACUUUGAACGUUGCAAUUCUGGUAAAUACCUUCGAAAAGCCAUUAUAUUCACAUCGUUUCGUGACAGUGUAGCCGAAAUAGCUACCUUGCUCAAAAGCCUUUCUCCUCUGAUCAAACCGGUGAAAUUCAUCGGUCAGAAUUUGUCUCGUGGAGCAGCUAAAGGCAUCACACAAAAGGAGCAGUUGAACGCGGUGCAAGGUUUUCAGAAAGGCGAUUACAACACGUUGGUAGCAACGUGCGUUGGCGAAGAGGGUCUCGACAUCGGAGAGGUUGAUUUGAUCGUAUGCUAUGAUGCGCCAACAUCGCCAGUGCGUUUGGUUCAGCGCAUGGGAAGAACGGGCAGACAGCGAGUGGGUAGGGUGAUUUCAUUGGUGUCUACCGGGAAGGAGGAACAAGUACGUAACGAAAUAUGUUCGGAAACGAUUGUGGAUUGCAACUUUAUCGAUGUCUAG